GCGGGAAAUGGCGCCUGGUAGCUCAGCGGUGUGUCAUUUCGAAGACGGUCCUUGAACAGCAAAAAUACAACAGGGGGCGGGUGGGGGGAAGAACAUGCAGUGCUAUGUUGUGAUGUUUAAUCUGUCUUGAGUCGUUACUGUCACGUCCAGCGGGUCACAUUACACCUUACAUGUGACUGCAAGAACAAUGAGGCUGAGAAUGCGAAAGGCGUCUCAGCACCAAAACCCAGCUCUGACAAGCCGCACGUCCCGAACCAAGAGGAGGCAUUCAGAGGUAGAAGACGACCCUCCUGCCAGCGGAGGAAGGGGAAUAUUAUCCACCAUCAAGAAGUUAAUCCGAGGAAAUGCUGUCAAGUUACAGCAGGAGAGCCCGGCUAAGAAGACACGCCUCCACUGCGAUGUGGACAACAACCUCAUCACCUCCACUCCUUCAAACACCAACUCCCCCCGGAGGACUGCAAGCAGAGUAGGCAAGAAAGGCUCCAUCAAUGGCCAAGCGACCAAUCAUGACAGGAAUAAGGAGAAGCCGAACGGCAGUUUGGAGGAUACGGCUGCAGUUGAGCUGACCUCCAGUCCUCCCAGGACAACCCUGCUUGGGACGAUCUUCAGCCCUGUUUUUAACUUUUUCUCACCAGCUAAAACAUCUUCAGGCUCAGACUCCCCUGACCAGGCUCUGGAAGCAGAGGAGAUAGCCAAGCAGCUGGACAUGGAGCAGGUGGUGGAGACGCCCACCAGCACAGCCACAUCCACCCAGGAUCUGUGCCCCGUUAACAACUUCUACUCCAGCGUGUCACACCUGCCGCCUCUACGGCCUCCACACAUCCUUGAAGCGUCCUCUACGUGAGAGGACGAAAAUUUAUGCUUUUUCGUUGCGCUUUUAGCUCCAGGUUCUAAUCUGAACGUGACGUAUGUGGAUGUUCCAGCAACCGUGCCACCUGAGGCAUCCUAUGAGGAAGACUGGGAAGUGUUUGACCCGUAUUUCUUUAUCAAGCAUGUCCCUCCUCUGACAGAAGAGCAGCUCACCAGGAAACCAGCCCUGCCGCUAAAGACUCGCAGCACGCCUGAAUUCUCUCUGGUUCUGGACCUGGAUGAAACGUUGGUUCACUGCAGCUUAAAUGAACUAGAGGAUGCAGCACUUACCUUCCCUGUCCUCUUCCAAGAUGUCAUUUACCAGGUGUAUGUGCGCCUGAGGCCAUUUUUCAGAGAGUUUCUGGAGCGUAUGUCUCAAAUAUACGAGAUCAUCCUUUUUACGGCAUCUAAAAAGGUGUAUGCAGACAAACUACUCAACAUUUUGGAUCCUAAAAAGCAGCUUGUGAGACACCGGUUAUUUCGUGAGCAUUGCGUCUGUGUCCAGGGAAACUAUAUUAAGGACCUCAACAUCUUGGGCAGAGAUCUGUCAAAGACCAUCAUCAUUGACAAUUCCCCACAGGCCUUUGCAUAUCAGUUAUCCAAUGGGAUUCCAAUAGAGAGCUGGUUCAUGGAUAAGAAUGACAACGAGCUGCUAAAACUGGUCCCUUUUCUGGAGAAGCUGGUUGAGAUGAACGAGGACGUGCGACCACACGUUCGAGAGAGAUUCCGACUUCACGACCUGCUGCCUCCUGAUUGAAAUCAGCAGCGGUGCGUCACAACCUAACAGCAGGAUAAGACUGAAAUCAACGUGUGUAAAAAGCAUCUCUUUGGAAUACAAACUACAGCAUUGCCAUUAAUAUUCAGUUUUUUUUUUUUUUUUGUUGAGGAGCAGGAGGAAAAAAAUUUAAAAAGUUUAUAGUUUUUUUUGUGUUUUUUACUUCUGUGUAUUUUUUCUAAAAAAGAGAAAAAAAGUAAUUGGAGGGAAAUUACACACACAGAUUAAAGUCUAUGUAGACUCCUCUUUUUAAGCGACUCUCCAGCAGCGGUGGAGCCAGAAACAAGCUCCACCCUAAACUCUGAGGUCUCGGUGCUGGUUUAAUGGAUACCAACAGGUAAAAAUCCCUGAACACAUCAGCCCCUUCUGGUGCUCAUGCUGUCAACACUGACAAAAAAAACCCAUUUGUUUGUGUUUUUAAAGCUGGAAGGAGGGGGUCUGAUCUGAUGGGUGGGCAAAUAUCCUAUCUGUAGCUAACAGAAAAAGAAAAAAAAAUAUGCAUUCCUCUGUAGCUCUGUCAAGUUUCUAUUGUAGGCUCAUGUUUUCUCCCGGUAAAACUGCUCUUUUAUUGUUUUUAUUUUUUUCCUGUUAAAAUAUAGUAUUUCCAAGAUGUUUUACUAAUAUUUGUAAAAUGCAUUUUUAAAAGGUGUCAUGUGAGUUUUAGAAAAAAAGGCUUUUCUUUUUCUUUUUUUUUUUAACAUCAUAGGUGCAUAUUCAUAAGUCCAUUGCUUUCUUAAAAAAAAAACUUUAAAGGAUUGAAGUUUUGUUCUCAAUCUAAGUCAUGUUAAAUUGUUGUGAUUGCCUUACUGUGGGCAUGUUACUCCUUAAUUAUUGGGACUAAUCUCAACUGUAAAUUGUGAAAAUUAGAGGGCAUUCAUAUCCAUAGUGCUGUCUCAACAAAAUCUUUGAUCAGUCAUAACUUUUUAAUUUAUCAUCCAACUGUAAUCGAUUUUGUCUCCUACAGCUGAUCAACUUUUUCUGGCUUAAAAUCUGUGCUUCAAUUCUCUAUAAGUCUGUCUCAUUUAAAGGCUCAAUCAGUAGCGUCAUGAUAAAUGUAGCACAUAUUUGCCAGUGUUAUUCUGCUCACGGUUAAAAUAUGGCUAAAUAUAUACCAGCAGCAUACAGUUUCUUCCUUUGCACCAUUAUAAAUGUUUUUUUGUUUGUUUUUUAAAAGAAUGGCAACAAAGGCGUUUCUUUUUUCCCACUCUGAACUCUGGCCAAACACCUUUAGUUUCGCCAAUGACUGAAAAUGAAAUUAAAAGGUUGUUUUCUUUUGAUACCCAAAGUUGGAGUGUAAUAAGUGUGCAGAUCAUGCAGCGAUUUUCCGUUGGUGUUUGAAUGAAAUUAUUGUGCAUUUUACAUAACGUGAAAUGUGAGUGUUUAUAUUUGCCUGUACAGUGCCAUACAAUCCCCGUUCUCCCAAGCUCCUCCUUUGGGCAGUUAUUGUGCAAUUGUCCCAAGAUAAAUGUAGAAAGAGAGACAAUCAAACGUUUUUAGCUCUGCAGAUAUUAAGAAAACACAGAGGGCAGCAGGUGCUGUACGUGUUGUUUGACCCUGUCUCCAGUCACGUAAAACCUCCCAAUCAGAACCUUUAAAUAUUUCAGCGCAAAAGUAAUUUCCACCGUUGCGUUGUUGCCUGAGUUUGCCUUUUUUGUGGCACAAGGGUGUUUUAAUCAGAAUGUUUUUUGUUUUUUUGAGUGAAUUUGUUCUGACUAUGAAUGUAAAUUACACAUGGAGUGAAGGCUUAAAACAUCUCUCCAAAACGUCUGCCUUGUGCUUUGGCCUAAUCACUGAAAAUAGAAAAUAAAAGAGAACCUGGGAGUGCAUACUUAAUAAAGAAUGAAAGAAAA